AUGCACCACACAACGGCUCAGUUCCAGUAUCAGCACAAAGCCAUCGAGUACCUCAAGGAUAUCACGUACCACACAACGGCUCAGUUCCAGCAUCAGCACAAAGCCGUCGAGUACCUCAAGGAUAUCAUGUACCACACAACGGCUCAGUUCCAGCAUCAGCACAAAGCCAUCGAGUACCUGGAGGUUUUCAAGUACAACAGGACAAGCCAGUGCCAGCCUUCAGGUCUAGCGACCGAGUCCCGACUCAACAGAGUGGCCCAACCCGAGUUUAUGGAUCAAAUGGAGAAUGGAUCUCUUGAACAUGUAGCACCAGGCGGGUUCGUAUGUUCUCCAAAUCAACAGCCCUCCGGAACUCAAGGAUCUCGCUUUGAAAUCAGUACCGCCACCCCCGUCCCCGUACAACAACCCCAUACCACGCCCCAAGAAGCUUCACAAAAACAGCAGACCAGCCCAGCUCAAAUUCCCAUAUCGAACGAGCAGGCUCCUGCCCCACCGGAGGAUAGCACCAUAUACUAUACACCACGCGUUUCACGGCCAACACAACUACGAAAUGAUAGAGGCCGACAUACUGAACCGCCGGAGCAAAAAUCCCGAGACUGGAAGGAUCAUGCACGUGGCGCCCAAACUAAGAAGCCACCACAACGGAUGGGAGGACGCUCGAAAGAUUCUUCUCUGCAAGAGCAUGUCACAGCCCGGACCCCGGGUUCUAGCGAAAAGGCUAUAGUACAACAGGCUAACACGGCUCAAGCCCCCGAAACAAGCCGGGAGGCUCGCAGAGCUUCCCCGGCGCAUGAUAACACAGCAAGUGCCACUGAUUCCACUGGCGGGACCCCCGAGGUUUCCCAGAAUCACGAUGCGGGACAAACAUCUAGCGCGAAUGAAGAAGCUCGAAGACUUCCGCCACCACAAAAUGACAAGCCGCAAGCCCCUACAACAAACCAAGAGGCUCCAGCGAUUGCGCGACCGCAGGUUCAUCGGGACGACGCUCCUGAACCAAGUAGAAAUCGAACGCCCCAGAAGGCCUCACCUCAGGCUUCGGAGCAGAACACGAAUCCGCCUUCCCAGAAUACGCCGGAUCAAGCUGCUAGAUCAAGUAGAGAGUCGUCAUCACAGAAUGCCACAACUCCGACGUCCGGUCCAAGCAGAAGAGCGCUGUUGGAACGGAGCGGUACAGAAGCCCUGCCCAUCGACCUAGAUCUGGAGGCAGAUACACCACUAGAGAUUGUUGGUACACCUCGGAUGCCUGAGUCUGUGGAAGAUGCUCCGGUGGAACAUGUCAACGCACCCCCCAGCCCCAGAUCAGAGAACGUCCCAUUGCAGCUGCCGGGUCCGGAGCUGCCCAUCGAAGGCACGGCUCUCACCUUCUUCGCCUGGUUCGUCACCUCUUCCCGGCGGCCGGAGACGGUGACCAGUUAUCUCGACGAACUCCCCACUCUGCUGUUAAAGGCGUCCAAAAGACAUCCGGUUCUUGAUUCCGCCCUUCGUGCUCUGUCGCUGGUCCUCUAUGGCCUUUUCCACAAAUCUGAGCCCGCUGUUGAUCGCGCGAGGUUGAUCCAUGCCUCGUCGCAGCGCAUGCUCGCGCAACUCACCUCGCCAGACGCAGAAGAAAGUGUAUCAAGCGAUGAGCUCAUUGUCUCGGAGUUGCUGUCUGAGUUUUAUGAACUUUGCAUAUGUCUCCAGGAGCAGCGUCCGUUCAGGAAGGCUCAGAUGGGGUGCUUGGAGAGAGUCCUAGAAUUGCGCAGCAAAGAGCCGUUUCCAGAUGCCCUGUCUAACCGCGUUUUCUCUGCAGCAAGACAUCAGAUCGCGUGUUAUUGCAUCGAGACCUCGCAAUCUGCAACCCAAAUCCUGGGAAGACACGUGUUUAUCUGCGAGAAUGACCCUGGGUCGAAACUCACUCGAGAAGCCAUUCGAGUUUCGGACUUCCUCGACGAAUUCAGGCGCAAUCGAGACUCAUAUCCGCAGCCGCCAUGUUGGCAGCAGCUGCAGAAAGGCUUAGACAUCGACGAUGGAUUGAGUUGCUGGCCCAAGACUGUGCCGUCGUGGUGGCAAUAUUCUUUUCACAAGGAUUCCAUCUAUACCAACGACCUUGGCUAUCACGGCAUGGUCCACAUCUAUCAUGACAUCCAAGUGGCAUCGGUGUGGAACUGCUACCGACACAUUCGUAUCAUGCUGCUCAGCACCAUCGCUGAGCUCGCAUUCUUGAGUGGGCAGGUGGCUGGCAUUGAUUACAAGGGGGUAAGGAGAAAAGCAAUCAGCUCGAUGACGGAGCUGGCGGUCGACAUCUGCGCCUCGGUGCCCUUUUUUGUAGGCACCCGGAGCGCCGCCACUCCCGAGAGCAAGAUCCGGUAUCCUUCGCUCGGAACGCGUGACGCCGACUUGAUCCAUCGCCAAAAUGCCCAUUCCUGGGGCUGGUUCUUGCUGCUGGUACCGCUCUCAAGACUCCAGAUGACGGGCAACCUUCCUGCCGAGCAGCGUGAAUGGGCGGCUCAGCAGCACAGUCGGGUCUGCGCCAUUGGAGACCAAAGGUAUCACGUCAGGGCAGGAAGCUUUGAGAGACUCCUGUCCGAUUCCUUGCCUUCCUUCGCCUGCUCACACGCCAUCAACAUCCAAAACCUGGCGCAUAUUGAUCUCGUGGAUCGGGAGCCGACCGACGAAGGCGACCCUAUGGACCUUGACGGCUUCGGUCUCCGUAGAGCCGCUGCUCAAUCCCCAAAUUCGGGAUCGAACUCUCCACGGACGCAGUCACCUUCACCACAGCCGCCGCCGCCGCCGCCGCCACGGUCCUCUAGGAGGCCCAAAAGAGGCCGACGAAGAAGACGAGAAGACGACGAUGAGGAUGAUGACGACAAGGACGCCAACGCCGAUGCCGAUGCAGACGAAGAAGAGGGCCGUGUGAGCUGUGAGUGCGGCCGUCGUGGCCGCAUGUCCAAUCCCCAGCGGCAUCACAGAGAGCGAGCAGCGAAAAGACGGGCGUGUGACACUUGCGGCAUCAGCUUCACCAAACGCCUAGCAUAGCGCAAGCACGUUGUACAAUGCGCUUGUCGGCGCAGGCGCAGCAAGCAGUGAGCUCUGGAGCGUCCGGGGACGAUAAAGGCCGGGCACACUGCGAAGAAGAACUUGACGGACCGGCCCGGGUCAUUCAUUGGUGGUGGCUUAUACGGCCAAGUUCUGGACUGUUAAUGGCCUUGACAACUAACAAGCACGACGACGACUUACGACCUUUGAUGAUUGACGAUUGGCGAUUUACGACUUUGUAACACCACCAACAUAGACGAUGUCGGUUUCUAAUUGUUUACCUAUGGCGGGCACCUUGGGAAAGGCGCGUCUAGCGUCUAGCCUGGCAGGGGACGCGGAACUCGAGCUCAGGCUCUGGGAUGGACUAAUGGUUUUGAAACGAACAAUGAUACCAUGUACGAAAUAUGAACAUGGGAUUGGAGGGGUGGCAGGAUUGAUAGUG